AGGCUGCACCGUGGAGUUCUCCAAGAUCUUGAGCGUCAACAUCAGAAAAAGGAGAAUAUUCGCCUCCUAGAAGAGCAGAUUGCUUUGACAAAGCAGCUUAUGGAAGAAAGAGACAAGGCACUGAUGGAAAAAGGGUCCCAGCAGUCAUAG